UACUUGCGAAUCUAUUCGUUUCUCUGAAGAAUUUACACUCAAUGGUGGCAAUUACAAAACUUGUAAUAAAUGUAGAUUCACAAGAACUGAAAAAAAGAAUGAAUCAGUUAGUAGCUCCAGUAUUGAAAAUAAUUCUAUCAAAAUAAUUUCUAUACAAGAAGUUAGUCAAUAUAUUAUGAAUUUAAUUGACGACUUAGAAGAUUGUGUUAAACUUUCUCUUGUCUUUCAUAUUCGGCUUGAUGAAACCAUAAUAAGUGAUACUGAUAUAAAUAUCAAAGCUAUGGUGAAAUUAAUAAUUGAUAAAAUAAAAGAUAGAGAUGCAGGUGGAUCAUUGGAUCAUCAAAUUACCAGAUCAUCGGAUCAUUAG